UAGAAUACCGUGGGUGGUCUCGUUUGACACGAGUGCUGUCAUCUAAUCAUCUUCACUCUCACUUUCGUCGUCAUAAGCCCCAAAUCCAAACCCUAAUUCGAUUAUCUCCCAUUUUGUUCCACCUAUUGCCUGUCGAUUCUCCCAUUCUGUUUCAUAAUCAUUCAUCCAUUCGCGAACAUUCUGAAUCCGAUCGCAAUUUUGUGAUCCUGACGUUGUUUACUUGCUGGAUUUUUCAUCUGGCAAUGGCUGUACUGUUGGACGAUAUUUUGCAAUCGGUGGAACUGUGGUUGAACCUUAUCAAGAAGCCCCAGCCUUACGUGAAUCCCAAUCUCGACCCUGUUCUGUUGGUGCCUGGUAUUGCUGGUUCGAUUCUUAAGGUUGUGGAUGAUGAGAAUGGUAAAGAAGAUAGGGUUUGGGUUCGUAUCCUCUCUGCUGAUUAUACGUUUCGGACCAAGCUAUGGUCUCGAUUUGAUCCUGCUACUGGUAAAACUGUUUCUAUGGAUUCAAACACAAGUAUUACAGUUCCGGAAGACAGAUAUGGACUCUAUGCAAUUGAUGUUUUGGACCCUGAUAUGGUAAUUGGACGUGAAUGUGUUUAUUAUUUCCAUGACAUGAUCGUUGAAAUGAUUAAAUGGGGGUUUCAGGAGGGAAAGACCCUUUUCGGCUUUGGUUAUGAUUUUCGCCAAAGCAACAGGUUUCCGGAAACUUUAGAUCAGUUGGCUGCAAAAUUAGAGUCAGUGUACAAUGCUGCGGGAGGGAAAAAGAUAAACAUCAUAAGUCAUUCUAUGGGUGGCCUUUUGGUGAAAUGUUUCAUGUGCUUGCAUAAUGAUAUUUUUGAGAAAUAUGUUAAGAAUUGGAUUGCGAUUGCUGCUCCAUUCCAGGGUGCACCUGGAUACGUCAAUUCUACCUUUUUAAAUGGAAUGUCAUUUGUUGAGGGGUGGGAGCAGAAUUUCUUCAUUUCAAAAUGGAGCAUGCACCAAUUGCUGAUUGAAUGUCCAUCUCUAUAUGAACUUAUGGGUUGUCCUGGUUUUCACUGGGAAAACAUCCCAGUUCUAGAACUGUGGCGUGAGAAGCAUGAUUGUGAUGGGAAACAUAAUUCGGAUGGGAAACCUCAUAUUAUUCUGGAGUCUUAUCAUCCAGAACAUAGUGUUGAAAUUAUAAAGGAAUCUCUUGCAACUAACAAGGUCAACUAUGAUGGUGAGGAUUUGCCCCUUGCUUUUAACAUGGAGAUCUUGAAAUGGGCAAAUGAAACGCGCAAGAUUUUAUCUGGUGCUAAACUUCCCUCUCAAGUCAAAUUCUACAAUAUUUAUGGGAUUGGUCUUGAGACACCUCAUACUGUUUGCUUUGGAAGUGGGGAGAAGCCUGUCUCAGAUCUGCAACAGCUACGUUAUUUUCAGGCCAAAUACAUAUGUGUUGAUGGUGAUGGUACAGUACCAGCAGAAUCAGCUAAGGCUGAUGGGCUCAAAGCAGAGGCGAGGGUUGGAGUCCCAGGCGAACAUCGGGGUAUUCUCUGUGAUCAUCACGUGUUCCGGAUUCUCAAGCAUUGGCUGAAGGCGGGUGAUCCAGAUCCAUACUACAACCCACUUAAUGAUUAUGUGAUUCUGCCCACUGCGUUUGAAAUGGAGAAGCACGAAGAGAAUGAUCUAGAAGUAGCAUCCCUUAAAGGGGAAUGGGAAAUCAUUUCUCAUCACCAAGAUGAAUACAGCCUUUCUGCCGACAAGAUUUCUUUGAGCGCUGUCACUGUUUCACAUGAAGGAGCUAAUCUGUCUGGUUCUGAUGUUCUGGCCAGUGUCCUUGUUCAAUCUGGCAACAACGGUGAGCAGCAUGUUCAACUAAACGAGUUAACUGUCUCAGUCAAUGUCUGAUAAAUCAGCUUCUGUUGAUUUGUUGCGGUGGAUGUGGGUGGUAAUAUGUCUGUACAGAUUAUAUAAGUUGGUGACAUCUUGUAUAAAGGUUAAAUUCUUGUGAAGAUGUUGGCAUAUUUCUCGUAAUGGUAUAUGUAUAUGUAAGGAAUGUAUCAUACGUGAGAAAUAUGCCCUCUUUCUGACACAACACUCGUGUCUGGUAUAUGAGAUGAUGUGUUAUCUACAAAUUUCUCUGAGGUUUGCUUAUAUGAAGCUCAAAUUUCUC